GGCCAGUGGGUGCCGGGCCCCCCAGCUUCCUCAGGGCAGACCAUGGACUCCCUAGUCGAGUCUCGGUGGCCUCCAGGCCUGGCGGUCAUGAAGACAAUAGAUGAUUUGCUGCGCUGUGGAAUUUGCUUUGACUAUUUCAACAUUGCAAUGAUGAUUCCUCAGUGUUCACAUAACUACUGUUCUCUCUGUAUAAGAAAAUUUUUGUCCUAUAAAACACAAUGUCCAACUUGUUGUGUGACAGUCACAGAGCCGGACCUAAAAAAUAACCGCAUAUUAGAUGAACUGGUAAAAAGCUUGAAUUUUGCACGGAAUCAUCUGUUGCAGUUUGCCUUAGAGUCACCACCCAUAUCUCCUGCUCCCUCCUCUUCAAAGAACCUUGCUGGCAAAGUAAACACUCCUGUAGCCUUCAGACAUUCUUUAAAGCAAGGAAGCAGGUUAAUGGAGAAUUUCUUGAUCAGAGAAAUGAGUGGUUCCACGUCAGAGUUGUUGAUAAAAGAGAAUGAAAAAAAAUUGAUCCUUCAGAAAGAAGUGAGCACUUCUUCAAAGACCAAAGAGACCCCUUCUAUAGAAAAGACAGCUCCACGUUCCUUAGAUGCUCAUGUUCCUGAGACACCUUCUACGUCAACUUUGAAACAGGUUACCAGAGUGGAUUGUCCUGUUUGUGGGGUUAAUAUUCCAGAAAAUCACAUUAAUAAGCACUUAGAUAGCUGUUUAAUGCGUGACGAGAAGAAGGAAAGCCUCAGAAGUUCUGUUCACAAAAGGAAGCCUCUGCCCAAAACCGUAUAUAACUUGCUCUCGGAUCGUGAUUUAAAGAAAAAGCUAAAAGAGCAUGGAUUAUCUAUUCAAGGAAAUAAACAACAGCUCAUUAAAAGGCAUCAAGAAUUUGUACACAUGUACAAUGCCCAGUGUGAUGCUUUGCAUCCUAAGUCAGCUGCUGAAAUAGUUCAAGAAAUUGAAAAUACGGAGAAGACUAGGAUGCGUCUUGAAGCUAGUAAACUCAAUGAAAGCAUAAUGGUUUUUACAAAGGACCAAACAGAAAAGGAAAUAGAUGAAAUUCACAGUAGAUAUCGUGAAAAACAUCAGAAUGAAUUUCGGCUUCUGGUGGAUCAGGCCAAAAAAGGAUACAAGAAAACUGUUGAAAUGUCAAAAAAAAAAGUAACAGAAGAAGAUGGAUCUACAGAAAAGCUGUUACCUGUAUUUGUGGAACGGGAAGAUAAAAAAAUGAAAUUCUCAGAUACUUCCCCCAUAACAAACCACUUCUCUCAAUCAAAGCUGGAAUCCCCAGGGAGAAUGGAGCCUGAUAGACCAGAUGAUUCUUCCAGUUGUACUGAUAUUCAAGAAGAAGCUCUUUCUUCAUCAGAAUCAGACUCAUUCAAUAGUUCCAGUUCAGACAUCAUAAGAGAUCUUCUAGAAGAAGAGGAAGCCUGGGAAGCAUCACAUAAAAAUGAUCUUGAUCUUCAAGACGCAGAAAUGAGUCCAGUACAAAAUCGUCGUACGAGGUCGUCUGAGAAUGCUGAGAUUGAGCCGAGCAAUAAGAGGAAUAGGAAUUAGCGAGGGCUGUGCUGACUUUUCUACUCUGGUGAUUGGAGUGUGGUACUUUGGGUUGCUACACAGACUUCAUAUUCAUAAAUGCCCAAGUGAAGGUGUUGACUUCUCAAUUUGAUGGUUUGGCUGAUUUUCAUUAUUUUUGCCUUUCCUGGGAAAAAAAGUUAUAAAACAUCCUCACUUGGUCAAUUAAACCCUGUCUCUAAAACAUCUCUCUCUAAAAAUAUUGACAUCCCCAAGUCUGCCAGCUUUGCAGGAUAUAUAGACAUUUUGGCACAGAGUUUUAUAAUGGUUUUGUUUCUAAAUUUCAGGAUAUCCUUAAGGCAUUCUCCUUUUCCAUGGAGAAACUAACUUGAGAAGAAGAUUCUUUUCAACCUCUCUAUCACAAAGAGCAUCUGAGGAGUUAAGAGCUUUUGUAUUUUUGCAAAGGCAAUAUGUCAUAAAUCACCUCUUUGGUGCAUGUCAGCCCCUGAUGCCUGGAUGCCAGCAUGCCUGUCACAGCAUUUACAUGAUGGUCUGCCCAAGUUUAAUGUAGUCAUUUGUCACUUGGAGUAGCAUGUUGAUAUCGAAACUAAAAAUCACAAACACUAACUUAGAAACAAACAUUGGGUAUAUUCUUAGGAAAUGGCACUUCAAAAUAAUAUUAGUCUUUUUUUUUUUCACUUGGGUAAAUCAGAUCUUUAACACUCUGAAUCUUAGCUAUUAAACAGAAUGUAAUAAAUGAAUUUUGUAAAUGAAUAGACUGUACCAAUUUAAAAUAAUGUCCUGGAAAAAGUGUCUUGUGAAUAGUUGAGUACAAGCUACAAAUCAUUGGAAAGAUUUGGUAAGAAAUCUUUGGACAGUGCAAACUCCACCAGUUCCCAGUUCCAUCCAGAGUUCCUUAAAGCCUCUCUUCAGCAUCUCAGAGCCAGCCCUCUCCACCCCUGCCCCCACAUCACUCCCAGCCCAAACACAUCAGCUUUCAAAUAACAUGACAGCACACAUACCAAUGUUAAAACAAUAAAUUUAUGAAUGUGCCAGAGACUUUUGUGACUUCCCCUUUCCAAAGAAUGUCUCCAUUGAAUUUGGCUUUUUUGCUAUGCUUUCAGGUUCCUGGAUUAUGUGUGGGGUCUCAUUAUGACUUAGAGUUCAGCAUUUUCACACUUAAAUGGACAUUUGUUUUCUUUUGAGUUCCUUGAGCUUCAAAUGGUUAUGAAAGUAGUAAUUACUACUUUAAUUGCAGCUGCAAAAAAAAAAAUCCAAACAAAUAUGAAAAUCUAAUUGGCUUUAUUCAAGGAUUUAUGAAUCGGGUAGCAUCCCAUUUACAAGUAGAAAUGAACACUGUACAAAACAGGUGGUUUUUAAUGGCAGAAACAGGGUGGAAAGAAGGAAGGAAGUCAUUAGCAAGAGAAAAAAGGAUUGCUGUAGGCAAGGUCACCUUUUGGGGGAAGGGUAGGUCUGUCAUGCAGAUGACCUCAUUAAUAUUGAUCAGGAAAUUCCAGAUUGACUGGUUAAAGUCAUUCCUGUAAUGCAAUUAAGUUUUGGUUGCUGUUGUGGAGGCAAGUGGCUCCAUUUUGGGUCAGUUAUUUCUUUUCCUUUCUUUUUUUUAAACACAGCAAAAGGAGUUUGCAAGAGAGUAGUGUCAGGUUUAAUCCGAUUGGUAGUGAAAUGAAAUAGGCCAGGCAAAAGUUGGUCGAGGCAAGCUUUUAAUGGGACAUGCCCUCAGGUUCCAAGGCCCACGGGAGGGAAAGUGUGGGGGAGCCGUGGGCACGGGAGGGAAAGUUGUGCCCAGGGGAGUACAAGCAGGCUUUUUAAGGGGGAGCGGUAAGGGAUUGUGAGUCUGUAAGGUGAUAGGUAUUAGGGCAUGUUACUGGUGGAAUCGGAAGGGGCCAUAACUGCUUAUGCCCUUAUAUGGGGUCUGGGUAAGGUAUGGAAGGUAUGGUUCAGGUUUCCUACAUAGUGUUGGACCCUGGCUCACGGGUGCCAACGUGGCCCGGUGGACGCCCCAGAGACCCAGACCCCAGACAGGCAGAUGCAAUUAGCAAGAGGGUUUAUUGAACGUUUACGCAAACGGGCUCUCCGCCUCCGAGGAGGAAAAGAGCCCCGAUUAGCAAUUACAGGUAUCUUUUAAAAGGCAAAAGAAAGAAACUGCCUAAAGACAAAA